AGAUUUGUUACAAAUCAUUAGGUACGGCAAAUCGCCGUGCCUUUACUCCAUAACCGUGAGAUGAGUCACAUCAGCCUCGCGGAUGGCUCAAGAUGAAGGGUUACCACAAGCUUGAGAAAAUUGGUGAGGGUACCUACGGAGUGGUCUACAAAGCGCAAAACGAUCACGGAGAGAUUUUUGCGCUAAAGAAGAUUAGAGUCGAAGAGGAAGAUGAGGGAAUUCCCAGCACAGCAAUACGCGAAAUAAGUCUGCUCAAGGAACUACACCACCCAAAUAUUGUUUGCUUGCGUGACGUCAUACACAGCGAGAAGUGCUUAACACUUGUUUUUGAGUACCUGGAUCAGGAUCUCAAAAAGUUGCUGGAUGUUUGCGAUGGAGGUCUUGAAACAUCGACUGCCAAAUCAUUCCUUUAUCAAUUACUUAAAGGUGUGGCUUAUUGCCACGAACAUCGCAUUCUACACCGAGACCUUAAGCCACAAAAUCUGUUGAUAAACCGUAAAGGUAUAUUGAAGUUAGCCGAUUUCGGUCUUGCCAGGGCCUUUGCAAUCCCGGUACGCAGUUACACGCACGAGGUGGUAACUCUAUGGUACCGUGCACCCGAUGUCCUCAUGGGAUCUAAAAAGUAUUCCACAGAAGUCGACAUUUGGAGUGUGGGUUGUAUAUUUGCAGAGAUGAUAAACGGCGUGCCGCUGUUCCCCGGAGUAUCGGAGCAGGAUCAGCUUAAGCGUAUAUUUAAAGUUCUCGGAUCACCAAAUGUCGGUACAUGGCCGGGAGUGGUCGAUCUCCCAGCGUACAAUCCUGACAUGGAUCAAUUUGAAAAGCAGCCAUGGAACGUUAUCGUUCCCAAGCUAGGUGGAGCGGGAGUAGAUCUCAUUUCAAAGAUGCUACAACUGGACCCGUUCCAGAGAAUAUCGGCUCGUGAUGCUUUGUGCCACGAGUACUUCAAUGAUGUGUCCGAGAACGGCGUUACAGAUGUCUAACUAUAGACAGC